GUGCGGGGGGGUGUAUAUAUGUGUGUGUCACUGUGACGUGUGGGGGUGUAUCUAUGUGUUAGCCCGUGUGUGUGUGUGUGUGUGUGUGUGUGUGAUCCCAUAUAUGCAAGGGUGUGUGUUGCGUGUGUUUCCACAUGCAUCAUUCAUCUCUGCGUAUCCUGCUCCCGCCCCCAGCGCACAGCCCUGGGCUGAGAGCCAUUCGCCCCUGGUGCGCAGCCAGGUAGCCAGUGCCUAGCCAAACGGCCUCUGUUCACACUCAUGUGCUGAGUCCCCCCACUGUGAUUAGGGGUGUCUCAGUGGGGAGUGGGUUAUCUGUACUUACUUUCCUGCUGCUGAGACUCCUUGACACCCCCGCCCUCCCCUUGCACCAGGGUCCCCCUUAUUCUCUUUUGUUGUCUUUCCCACCAUCCACCCCACUGAAUCAGUGCAGAUGUUGGCUCCCUUGAUGCCGCACUGAAAGCCGGUGCUCGCCCAAUGCCACGCCAGCAUUCCUCUUUCCAUGGUUCAUGUUUGGUUCAGUCACGUAAAGCAAACGCCUCUCAGAAAGGGCUGGCGGUUUCGAGGGGCUUGAGUCUGCUCCCAAUGCCAGUGGAUUUGGGCGGGGGGCUGUGAUUCCUUCAGAGGAACACGUUGCUCACUUUGCAGCAUGCCUCUCCUCAGCUCCCUGUUUCCUUGCUUGUCUUGGGAUUCAGUCAUACAAUGCUGAAAACAAUUUUCUCAGUUUUUUAGAGAAUAGGAUUUCCUAGUUGUGUUACUUUAGAAGCACUGAUUUCUCUCUCUCUAAACAUACUGCCAUUAUACAUGCACAUGCAUGUAAUAAAAUGCUUCAAAUUUUAAUUUGUUUCCAUUCCAAACAUCCCAGUUUUGGGGGAAAUGUCAGAACAUAUGCUCUGUAAACCAUUUCCUGAUUUAAAAUGAUUUUCCCUCCUCACCAAAAUGAGGUCCAUGAGAUCUUUUGGUUGUGUAUCUUACCAUUUUGUAUUCAUCACUCUGUUCUCCUUGGAAUCUAAUGUCCUUUUUAUUGGGCAAGGGGUUUUUGUGUUUAAUAUGAAUCUUUCUCUGUCUCUCUCAGUGAAGGGGUUACUUCUGAGGAAAUAGAGAUGCUGAGUGAGACUAUUUUGCACAGACAAUUCUGUUUCUACAUCAGUCUGCUUACUCACCACCACCCUUCUUCCCUGGGGGGAGGAGGAGUUGGGAAGCAGUUUUAACAGCCCUUCAUUCCUUCCUUCCCCAAACACACCUUGGUCAUUGGGGCAUCAGCUAGUUAUCACCCAUUAUAGGAACAGGCGAGCGUAAUCCUCAUCACCCCUUCAUUUGCUUUGUGGGAUCCACUACAGACAUCUUCCCUCUUUUGGGGUGCAGAGCAGAGAGACACUGAAAGGACUUCAUUUCCAGAUUCUUCUCAGGAGGUACUAGAAAGACAGCAUUUCAACUGAGAGAAUCCGGAUCAAAACAGCAUUUGCUGAGGACACUGAAAGAAGCACCCAUCUUUGGCAUUCCUUCAUCUCCCAUUCGUGCUCCUCAGAUCUCUGAAGCUUCGUUGAAAAGAAACCCCGGAGGUUGCAAGACCUAGUCCAAGAUGUGCAGCUCAGUUGCUCCCAGGCUGUGGUUUUUAACAGACCGUCGCAUCAGAGAAGACUACCCUCAGCAGGAGAUCCUGAGGGCACUCAAGGCUAAGUGCUGUGAAGAGGAACUAGAUUUUCGGGCUUUGGUGAUGGAUGAAGUAGUACUGACCAUUGAAGAUGGAAACCUCGGUCUCCGGGUAAAUGGGGAGCUUGUUACUGCUUACCCACAGGUAGUGGUGGUACGUGUGCCAACACCCUGGGUGCAGAGCGACAGUGACAUCACAGUUCUCCGCCACCUGGAGAAGAUGGGUUGUCGGUUGAUGAAUCGGCCCCAAGCCAUCCUCAACUGUGUCAACAAAUUCUGGACCUUCCAGGAGCUGGCUGGUCAUGGUGUGCCUCUCCCAGACACUUUCUCGUAUGGUGGUCAUGAGAAUUUUGCCAAAAUGAUUGAUGAGGCAGAGGUUCUGGAGUUCCCCAUGGUGGUGAAAAACACGCGGGGUCACCGAGGAAAAGCUGUAUUCCUGGCACGAGAUAAGCACCAUUUAGCAGACCUGAGCCAUUUGAUCCGUCAUGAUGCCCCCUACCUGUUCCAGAAAUAUGUCGAGGAGUCCCAUGGCAAGGAUGUUCGUGUCAUUGUAGUAGGAGGUCGCGUGGUGGGCACCAUGCUCCGCUGCUCAACAGAUGGAAGGAUGCAGAGUAACUGCUCACUUGGCGGUGUAGGGAUGAUGUGCUCACUGAGUGAACAAGGCAAGCAGUUGGCAGUCCAGGUGUCAAACAUCCUGGGGAUGGACGUAUGUGGCAUCGACCUACUGAUGAAAGAUGACGGCUCAUUCUACGUCUGCGAGGCCAAUGCAAAUGUAGGUUUCAUUGCCUUUGACAAGGCUUGUAAUCUAGAUGUAGCUGGUAUCAUAGCGGACUAUGCCGCUUCUCUCCUUGCCCCCGGUCGCUUGACGCGGCGUAUGUCCUUACUCUCUGUGGUGUCCACGGCCAGCGAGACUAGCGAGCCAGAGCUGGGCCCUCCAGCUAGCGCCGCUGUCGACAAUAUGAGUGCUAGCUCCAGCUCUGUCGACAGCGACCCUGAGACCACGGAGAGAGAGUUGCUCACCAAGCUCCCGGGGGCUCUGUUCAACAUGAACCAGCUAAUAGCCAAUGAGAUCAAACUCCUUGUAGAGUGAUGCCACGUGUAAAUACAUGACCAACGUAUCUCUUGUAAAUUUUUUAAAACCGACUUGCAAUGCUGUUUAUCGGAGAAGCUCAGGGAGAUGAAAGGAAUGGGGAGGGAACCAGUCAUGGGAAUGAGAUUUUUUUAAAAGGUUUCAUAGGUGCAUAUUCUGUGGUUGCUAUUUUUCCUUUUUAAUUCUUUAAAACAUGGCAUCAGUUUCAUUCCUGUAAUUGGGGAUGCGUAGUUCACAGCCCACAAAGGGAUUUUAUUGGAUGCAGCUGUGGUCCCAAGUCUUGUUGCUACCUGCAUUCAAGGGGCAACACUGUAGCACAAUCACACUUCUGGUUUUGGAAAGCUGUUUCACAACUCUCCAGAAACUUCUGUGAAAUUGUGCAGUUGUCUCUAAGAUCUUGAUUCUGUCAGUUGUGGAGUGCCUCUUACCUUGUGAAAGUUGAGGUGAUUUAAGACCUGAUACUUCACAGGUGCUGAGCUCCUGCUGUUGUUUAAAAAAACAAAAAGACCCAUUUUGACUUUGUAGGAUCUGGUUCUGAAACAAUGAAGCAAGACAAAGUAUUUGUUAAACUUGAGCUUUCAGUGCAAACCUGCGACUUCUGCUAUUUCAGUAUUAACUGACAGCUUUGUGUCCAUAUUUGUUUAUAACGCUUUUGAAGGGGGAUUUUUAAUAUUUGUGUUUUUUAUCAUCUUAAAUCCUGUUUUUUGGCAGAAGGUGUAUAGGAGAAUUGGUCACGUUUUAUUCAUGGCAGAAGUGGCAUGUUUUAACUAUUUUUGCAUGAUUGGAGGAGAUAAACAGCACUGUAAUGUUUGGUGUACAAAAUAAUGUUUAAUCCAAUGUGAAAAAAAGAAUUACAUUAGUUUAAAACAAACGUGCAUUGACUUGUGUUUGUUAGUGUUUUAGUCUUUUUGAGAGAGAUGCUAUGUUAAUGUUCCUUUUUUUUUUUUUAAUACAUGCUAAUCCAACACUCCCUUCUCUAUGCCUGCAUCUUUAACAGUGGCCAAAGUGAAAACACUGCAAACUGUUUGUUAACAGAACACAGAAUUGAAGCCUGAACAUCAUUCUUUUUUUUGGUCAUUUUAGGGGGGAAAUCUGGUACAGUAUGGAGGAGGGAAAAGGUAGUUGAAAACUCCAAAAUACCGAGAAACUCUUUAGGAUAAAACUGAAGGUCACUCAAUACCAGUAUUACUAGGCUUGCACUUCCCAAGUUGAAACUAUCUCAUUUUCAAUGUUAAUGGAAUUCCAAAGAGUUGUAUCCAGGGGGAAAUAUGCAGUUCUUAGGGUUUGGGAAACUGUGCAGCAAAUUAAAACAUAAUAAUAAUAAUAAGGUUCAGCCAGAAUUAAAAUAUAACCAAAGGACACAAGCAGUGAUUAAAUGGUUCCUAGACCCUUCUGUGUGCGUGGGUGUCUGCACGUGUGCACGUGCGUGUGUGCACGUAUGUGUGUGCCUGUGCACUUUGCUCUAUCUCUUUGGUUUUUGGGCUGUUCAGCUCCUAAUUUUCUUUCCAGGCUGCCUGAUUUUCCUCACUCCUCCUGGCUGCGCAAUUUCUUAUUCAGUCUGAGCUGUUUUGAAAAAGCAGGAACCAAAACAGCAAUGCUGAGUCCAUUUUUAAGUCCUCAUCUUCCUCAUCCCUUUCUUACUCUUCCUUCCCUCUGGGUUCAUAAAGCACUGAAACUAUAGAUUAUAUAAAUAAAUACAAGCCUUUUUUGGUUUUGUUUUUUUAAAGAACAAAACAUAAGACGUUUACAACUCAAAGGCAAUCUUGUGAAAAUAGGGUUUGUUUGAGGGGGGAGUCAUGCGCGUGCAAUGCUGCUGUUAUCUGGAUACUUUAAAGGAGGAGCAUGUCCCAGGUACCCUCUGAGGCUCUGCACUUCCCACCUCUCUGGCCCCUCCUCACUUCUCUGCCGCUGUGCUGUUUCACCUUCACUGGGACCUUAAACAAACACUACAUGGACGCUACACAGAGAGACUUCAAGAGGCAAUAAACAGAACAGUAUUAACCUGCUUUCAUGGAGGUUUGAUCAUGCUUAUUUGUACAGUAUGGUUUUCCUUUUUUAUUUUAAGAUGGAAUGUAAAAAAAUGACCUUUUUUUGUAGAAUUAAAUAUUAUUAUUAAAAUCAAGUGAAAGGUUGACUGUUGGUGUGAACAGGUGGACUGGACCAGCUGGUUCAGCAACAAAAGUUUCAGCAACAAGUUUUCAGCAAUCAGGGUCUUCCCUGCCUUUAUUCCCAAGCCUUCAGGUGCACAGGUUAUCACAAAAGAAAACAAAAGAUUUCACUUUAUGACCCGAACAAAUAUCCCAACAUGGGUUACAUCCAAUCCAAACAACUAUCUGGUAAGCUCUGUCUUCUCAGAGUCCCUUCUCCCAUCAUCUAAUUAUCAAAGAGCUGUUUUUUUGGAGUUUCCUGUGUUCUCUUCGACAUCCUGAUUUGAGUCUUUAGUUUCUACCCUAUAUUAGUGCAUCCUGAACACCUGUGGGGCAAAGGAGCAGAGCUGACUUCCUGUCAGCUGGCAGAAAUCUUCAAAGGCCUCUGCACUAUUGCUACAGUUAGUUAGUAAGUAGAGCUUUUGCAGGAAGAUGCUCGUAACCAAACUUCCUGGGUGGGCUUGAGUCCCCACACUGGGUAGGCAUGAAGGAAAAUGCCACAACAGUAGGGAAUCUCUUCCUGCUUCUCACCUUUAAGAAUUUCCUAAUCACAUUUUAAAGCUAUACAAGUUUGCUUAGUAAAACAUGUGAUUUAUUCUAAAACACAAGCAGGUAGCUAGCUCCCUUGUGAUGAGGUGCUCAUAUCUGAUUAGUGUUAAUACUGCAAGAUUGGAAAAAAUUGUGCAUACAUUGCUCAGAAGGGAAAAGUCGGAGUUAAUAACCUCACACAUACUCAUUUAGACAGCAGUUGAUACUGCUUACAAAUGCUUUGCUGAUGAUCCAGUGAUAAAAAUGGGCAAACCUCUAUGGUGUACAUCUCCCCUGCUUACCCAUUGCUUUGGGUCAGCAAGAUGUAUAAGCGGGGAAAGAAAAAAUGGGUUUCAUAUUUUUAUCUGUAAUACACAACUAAAAAAAAAUCAAGCCCAUCCCAGCCAGGGAUUGUCUCUGUCACAUUUAAGCCACACAGCCAGAUGAACACUAUGGGCUGUACUCCCCUCGCUUCCAUAUUCUGAGGAACACUUGUCAUACUCCAAUAUUUUAAAAGCACUAUUGCAACCUAUUACAUUCUGGUUUGAAAGCUGAUAUUGGGAAUGGCAGGUAAUCAGCCUACACUGAGUUUUAAAAGUGUCAAUGCACAUCAAUUUAUAACUUGAAGACCAAGUACAAAUUUUGGUUUGCAAAAACAAGUUUUUUCAACUGAAUCUGAUGGAAAUCCUUAUGCUGUUUGCAACUGUUUUUUGUUUGACCUGUUUUUUUUUCUUUUUCUGUUUGCAUGUGGAGACUUUUCUUCAGCUGGUCAUGUGUUUACUAUUUCUAUCACUAUGUCAAGUCAGGUUAUCUAUAUAGCUUUGUAUAUUGUUAAGCCUUGUAUUUACUGCACCAAUGUGUUUUUAUAAAACCUUUCUCUGGAUUGCUACAAUGCCUCAUCUGUAACGUGAUGGAAGAUCAGCACUACAUACACGCAUGAACUGGUCAUCUUUUUGUUCUGAGUUAAUGAUCAAGCCUCCAAUGGCCUUUCUCCUGCCCUGCCUCAGUGAUAUCUUUUAAGUGCAUUAUCUGCUCAAGAAAUGCCUCUGGAACUUCUGUAUAUGUCAGGUGCAAAAACAGGGUACUUCAAAUGUUGCACAGGACGUUUAAAUCAAAUGCAUGGCAUCAGUGACUCUUUUCGAUCCUCCUCCCCUCCCCUUGUAAAGGGCUUCAGUCAGUAAAAUAUGUAUAGGGUUUUGAGGGCCUAGAGAGACUUUGUGAAAGUAAACUGUAUGUACAGUAUCUUUCUCAUGGCUCACUCUUUUUGAGAAGGUUUAUGGGCUAUAUGGCUGGUGUGAGAGACACGACCACUCCUGUUCUCUCUAUGGAAUUGUAGGUGCUCGGACAGGUAACCAAUGUUGCUACUGUCUUUUUCUUCUUUUUUUUAUUUUUCCUUUUCUUUUUUUUCCCCAUUUUUAAUUUCUCUGUUCUAGGAAUUCUUUUAAAAUGUAACAUUGCAGGAUUUAUAACCAGGUGUUUGCUGCUUUUUCUUUGUUAUAUUCUUUGUCUUUCUUGACCUUGGAGGGCAAUUUUUGGAGUGUUCUGAUAUUAGAUAUUAACUAGCCUGCUGAGAGAAAUCUCAAAACCCCUUGUAUUACAGUUUUUUCAGUUGAAAUGUUUUGUUUGUUAAAACUAAAGUCUCAAACUGAUGUGCGGUUCUCAGGUGGUUUUGUAAACUAUUCUACUUUGUGCGUAGGAAAUGUCUUCUAACAGUUCAUACUCUUACUGUUCUUUGCAAAACU